GAGUUGCUCACAACCGGAUUAGCAAAAAAAAUCUUUUAGUCAUCCCAAUGCCUUUUGUAAUCUGUUGCGUUGGCCACUCACUGGCCUCUAAUAGUGCGCCCACCCAGGAUCAAUCACGUAAUUCAUGGUCCUCACCAUCUCUUCGAUUGGCGUCGAUGAAUUGGGUUGGCUGCAAUAACUGCAAUCUGAUGCGUUGUUUAGUGUUUAAUUGGGUGAAGAAUAUUUUAAUGCCCUUUCAAUGGUGGAGGGGAGAGACGAGAGCGAGGGGGGAAGACGCCACGGAUGCCUCUGGGUGCUAUUUGCCUUGCCGACCACCAUCUGAAGAGGAGGGAGAGAAUUAGGGCGAUGGUGAUCGAAGGUUAUUUAAAUUUUUAGAAAAAAAAAAAAAGUUAUUUGGUAUAAAAUAUAAAAUUUCUUUUUUAUUUCGUAUUAAGUAUAAAAUUUUUUUUCCAUACUUGUAUAGAAGUAUUCAGUAAGUUUUUUUUUUACUCAAUUGUUUUUGAGUUAAAAAAACUUACUCAAAAUUUACUGUUGCAGUCUCUCACCGGCUGCAACAGAUUUUGAUCUCCCAAAGGCAGCCGUCAGAAUCAACUUUUCUUUAGUUGAUGCGUUGUUUUGUGUCGGUAUUCUUUAAUCGAUAAAAGUUGUCGAUGGGGCCCAAAGAGCACCCGGACUUAUCUUUUAAUGAAUUCCAAAGUAAUUUUCUUUUGGAAUCCGUCAGAUCCAGUCUAUAAAUAGAUAGACUUAAGUUUUGUAAUAGACAGAAUUCUCCCGAAAGAGAUUAACCAGUCAUUGACACUCUCUCGAGAAAACAUAGUUUGUAAUCAUUUCAGACUUUCAGUAAUACAGUUUUGUAUUUACAGACUUCCGCUAGUGCAUUCGUAACAAAUAGUUUUUUUUUUACUCAAUUGUUUUUGAGUUAAAAAAACUUACUCAAAAUUUACUGUUGCAGUCUCUCACCGGCUGCAACAGAUUUUGAUCUCCCAAAGGCAGCCGUCAGAAUCAACUUUUCUUUAGUUGAUGCGUUGUUUUGUGUCGGUAUUCUUUAAUCGAUAAAAGUUGCCGAUGGGGCCCAAAGAGCACCCGGACUUAUCUUUUAAUGAAUUCCAAAGUAAUUUUCUUUUGGAAUCCGUCAGAUCCAGUCUAUAAAUAGAUAGACUUAAGUUUUGUAAUAGACAGAAUUCUCCCGAAAGAGAUUAACCAGUCAUUGACACUCUCUCGAGAAAACAUAGUUUGUAAUCAUUUCAGACUUUCAGUAAUACAGUUUUGUAUUUACAGACUUCCGCUAGUGCAUUCGUAACAAAUAGAUUUUUUUUUACUCAAUUGUUUUUGAGUUAAAAAAACUUACUCAAAAUUUACUGUUGCAGUCUCUCACCGGCUGCAACAGAUUUUGAUCUCCCAAAGGCAGCCGUCAGAAUCAACUUUUCUUUAGUUGAUGCGUUGUUUUGUGUCGGUAUUCUUUAAUCGAUAAAAGUUGCCGAUGGGGCCCAAAGAGCACCCGGACUUAUCUUUUAAUGAAUUCCAAAGUAAUUUCCUUUUGGAAUCCGUCAGAUCCAGUCUAUAAAUAGAUAGACUUAAGUUUUGUAAUAGACAGAAUUCUCCCGAAAGAGAUUAACCAGUCAUUGACACUCUCUCGAGAAAACAUAGUUUGUAAUCAUUUCAGACUUUCAGUAAUACAGUUUUGUAUUUACAGACUUCCGCUAGUGCAUUCGUAACAAAUAGUUUGUAAUCAUUUCAGACUUUCAUUAAUACAGUUUUGUAUUUACAGACUUCCGCUAGUGCAUUCGUAACAAAGAAGGUGCCCUAGAGAGCAGGGACUUCCCGAAAGGGAAACCCUUCUCUUUCUAAGCAUGCGUUGCACUCCUUACUUUGUAUCUUUGAUAUGAUCUGACCAAGUACGAAGACACUUGCUAGUAACCCUGAAGGAUGGUUACCCUUGUCCGCUUUGAAGGGGUAAACAGGCCAGGAGAGCCGCACCAAGUACCCGUGUUUAGGACAGUAGGGCAUCUGGGUGAAGCUGGGGUGUAGUAGGCGGAAGGCGACGAGCCGGAUGAAGAAGGCAGCUCCACCUGAUUAUGUCUAGAGUGGUAUCCUAAACUAAGGAACAAGCCUAAAGCCAUAUGUCUGAUGUUGUGUUACUCUUAUGUGUGUUAGUACAAAGUUUUAUGUUUUGAGUAGUUUUAUCAUUUAAGCAGUAAGACUAUUUAUGUUUAUGCAAAAUACAAAAACAAAUGAAAAACAUGAUAAAAUGGGAAGUAGUAACCUUAGAUCACAUGGGAAUGUGGGAGUACCUAGUAGGGACUAACAUAUCUUGUUGAGCUCUUAUUUUUUUAUGCAUCCUAGUUACGACACCAAAGAGUAGAUCAUUUAGAACGUGCUAUUAAAGGCAAAGAGCCUGUAGUAGUCACUCAGGUACAGACACCUGAGCCUAAGCUUGACGAUAUACUCACCAAACUUGGAAACUUAUCCUUAGGACCACCUUUGGAUACAGAGGCCAAGAUCCCUUGGCACCAACUUACUGUUCCCAACAGUAAGAUCCUCUCCUUCGGGACCUAAUGUCUCGAACCAGAACCACAACAGGAGUUGAACCCUUCACAGGGACUGCUCGUGUUAUCAGAGAACGAGGUAGCACCAGCACCUCCAGACCUCUCCUAGACAGACUUAUGUCUCUAGGAAGAAGCAGACAAGAAGAAGGAGAUGUUUCAUUAGACGAAAUCAUCCAACCCGGCCAGGACUAUGACAGAUUUGCUUGCAGCAGAGGAAUUGACUUGCUUAGCGCAAGAACCCUCUACAGAGCAGGAAGACUGGCCUAUCACACCGGAUUCUUCAAGCAUCACCGAGAAACACGCAUCAGAUGUUUUACCGGCGACGCAGUCACAAGAACCCUCUUCAGCACAGAAGCUGCUGAGAAGCUUUAUACAGACCAGAAGCAAUAUCAGUACAUGCAUAUGGGACUGAUAGUCAUUGGCAUAAGUGGCCUUAUGCGACAAGACACUGGCUGUAAGACCCUGGUCACCAUCUAUGAUGAAAGAUGGAAGGACAUGGGAAAAGCAUUAAUAGGACUCACGGAAGUAGAUAUGAACCGCAGUCGUGGCAUAUUCUACUGCAGCCCUAAUUAUAUGCUUACCAUUGAUGACUUUGUCAGGUUCAUCAAGAUUGGUAUUCAGACUAAAGGCUAUGAAUCAGCAGACGAAGGAGAUAACAACCUCUUCACCAUUGGAUUCUUAGGAAGAUGUACAACUAGAAGCAGAGCAGAUUUCAAAGUCAAGAUUGACGAAACUGUAAAGCUUAUCAGUACACAGGGACUGGAGAUGUGCCCACCUGAAGCAUAUAGUCCAACUAUACAUGCAGGACAGGAAUGGGAAAUGAGCAAGUUCAUCAAGAAAGCUCAAGUACUCCAACCAACAAGCACUGUGAUGAACACAGACAGAAGUGGAAAUAUGUCCGUCAGAUUCAACGGAUAUAGCCUCCAAAUUCUCACUUGUGAUCCAGUUGAGCAAAAGGAAGAUGAACAUCCUCCCAACAGGGAACUUGUUUAUAUAAAAACAGAACCUGGUACGAUCAGCAGAAUAGUCAAAGAUAAAAUCCUUUACCCCGUGGAAAUGGGAAUGACUGAUCUUACACCAGAAGAACUUACGGAGUUAGAAGACCAAUGUCGCUCUACAGGACAAUUGGUAGCAGGACAGUUUUUACACUAUGAUCUUGAAAAGAACAUCCGUAUUCUAGAAGUCUCCACAGAAGAACCAGAGAUUCUCAUCUAUGGAGAGGACAGUGAUGAUGAAGAUAGCAUCAGCCAGAGUGAUGAUUUCCAUGAAAUCAGCCUCACAUAUGAUCUUGAAACCAUCACAAGAUCCCUAGAUUUAGUAGCUGUCCAAAGCAGCACAAAUCUAAUAGAAGACCUGGACUAUGGACCAGAACCAGAACCUGAUCCACCAGAUCCAGAACCUGAUCCUGAAUUACAAAGCGUAAUCAGUGAGGUAGACACGCUCAGCAUUGCUAGCCAUAUAUCCUAUAAGAAGGAAUUUAUGGAAAGAGGCGGAGCUCAGACACAAUCCACUCCAAUGGAGGAAGAAGUGACAUCCAGACCAAACCCUAAUCAUAGACCUAGGGGAGAAACCACUUCUACCAGCAAUCUUCCACGACGACCCAGUCAGAAGUAUUCCAGGAGAAUGGAUCAGAUCAGAAACCAUGACCAGAAUGAAUUAGUUCAUUAUCAUGAUUCAGAUUCUGAUAAUGAGUUAAUUAAUGACUUUGGUACAGAAACAAGAACCCUUGCAGGAUGGACAUCCGAUGCUGUUCUCUCAAAUCUUGUUCACAUUACCUUAGUUCACCCUUCCGAAUGUAUCCAUGAAUGGAAAACAUCUGAAGGAUCAGACAGUACCCCUUGCUUUUAUUGCAAAUGGUAUCCCAGCCUUCUCAAAAGAGCUAAGUGCCCCAAGUGUUAUACUGAGGGAUGUAUUUCAUGCAUCAACAGUACCUAUAAUCUUAGCCUUAGUACCUCUUUUGCCAAGCCAACCCAAGAUAUAGGCAACCUAGAAUUAAAUAUUCUAUCCAGAAAAGUGGCUAAUCUUGAAGACCACAACCAGAUGCUCUACUCCAAGAUCGCUCAUCUUGAAGAUAGGAUAAGUUGUUUAGACAAAGGUAAGCAGCCUCUAAUCAACCCUGACCCCUCUGGGAUCGGUGGAUUAAGCCUGUGUAACCUUGCACAAUAUACUCCACAAACUACAGAGUAUAUUUACAACCAAGACGUCUCUCUCAAAACCAUUAAGGUUAGCUGCGAGAUUAGACUUAGACAUCCCAAGACUAAAGAGUUGUUUAUCAUCAACACUCAAGCCUUGAUAAACUCAGGAUGCACAAAUUGCAUUAUCAACCAGGAUUUGAUCCCUUCUGAAUAUUGGAGGAAAUCUCCUUAUUCACAAGAUGCUCAGCAGAUGGAUGUAAAGUUAUAUACUUACACCCAUACUGUUCUUCCUGGUAGCACAAUUUGUUUCUUGACAAAUUGUGGAGAUUUUUCCCAACAGUAUAAUCUCCCUUACGAGGUUACUUGGAUAAGACCGCUACAGCUUGGAUCUGUAGACUUUAUCUUAGGGUUAAACUUUCUGCUUGCAGAUGGAGGUAGUGUUCUCCUCAGCCGAGACUACAUUCACAUCCACAAACAGACUCUGUUUACACCAGUCGAGGUCACUGCUAGAAAAAGACUCACCAGAACAUCAGAGUACGUCCGUAAGCGUGGUGGACCCAUAGAUAAUAAUAAGACAAUUGACGACAUCGGAAAGAAGUUGGCAAAGUUCGAUCAAGAACUCAACAAGCUGGAAGAUGAAGAAGACUGUCAAUGUUCAGUUAAAGGAAGCGGUAAAAAGAAACCAAACUUCACACACGAAGUUUCAGAAGACAAGUAUGAUCCCACAAGUGAUCCUACUUCAGAUCUGUAUGAAGAAGAAAUAACUUCAGCAGAAGUAGACUUAGACGAAGUCUUUUCCAGAAGCAACGACUUAGCAGACAUGAAAAAGAUCAGCCACACUCUGUUUACAGCUCCUCUAGAUGAUUUUGAUCUAGAAGACUACAUAGACAGAUUAGAAAAACUCCAGAUAAUUGGUGAAGACAUCACCAAACAUUGGGAGAAAGACAAGGUCAUUUGUAAACUGGAAAUUCUUAACCCAGAUUACAAAAUCAAGACCAAGAAGAUAGAAUCCAACAAUGAAGAUCGAGAAGACUUCAAGAUGCACAUCAAAAAACUCCUCAGAUUCAAUGCCAUCAAGAAAUCCAUCUCACCGCACAGAUCUGCGGCAUUCAUUGUAAGAAAGCACAGUGAGAUUGCCAGAGGAAAAAGCAAAAUGGUCAUCAACUACAAACGGUUGAACGACAAUACUGUAGAUGAUGCCUAUGAUCUCCCUGAUCAGACCCAGCUUGUCAACAACAUCCAGAACAGUCAGAUCUACAGCAAGUUCGACUGUAAAUCAGGAUUUUGGCAAGUUAGAAUGCAUCCAGAUAGCAUACCAUGGACUGCCUUCACAUGCCCAGAAGGACAUUUUGAAUGGUCAGUCAUGCCAUUUGGACUCAAAAAUGCACCAUCAGUCUUUCAAAGAAAGAUGGACGAUGUUUUCAAGACCCACAUUAACUUUGUUGCUGUAUAUGUUGAUGAUAUCCUAGUCUUCAGCAAGACAAAGCGUGAACACAAAGAACAUCUUAACAUUGUUUUCGAAGAGUUCAUCAAGCACGGGAUAAUAAUCAGCAAGAAGAAGAUGGAGCUUGAAAAAGCCCAAAUAGAAUUCUUAGGCAGUGUGUUUGGUAAUGGAAUAACCCAGCUCAAACCACAUAUAAGUACGAAGAUCCUAGACUUCCCGGAUAAACUUGAAGAUCUCAAGCAACUCCAAUCGUUUCUAGGCCUUCUCAACUAUGCCAGUCCUUACAUAAAGGAUCUUGGAAAGAUUGCAGGACCUUUAUAUUCAAAGACUAGUCUAAAAGGCCAAAGAUACUUUAACCAAGAAGAUGUUAAGCUUGUCCAACAGAUAAUAAUCAGAAAUUAUAUGAUACUGAUCUUAUUAAUUUCUGUAAUAUUUCUGUGCAGAUGGAAAGACUUCCUCGUAAGCCUGGCUUAGCUGGAUUUAACCGUUUCGCUUCUACAGUUCCACUAGACGGAACUAUGGUCAAUUACCAGACUCCCACUCAAGCAAGCCCCGCUUCAUCGAGUGCAGGUAAGACAGACAGACCAGCUUCACUUGGCCCAAGAAAGGGUAAAGGGAAGAAGAAGCAAUUAUGAUUCCCCUAGCCUUGGAAUCCAGUGGAAAGUGCUCUAUGAACUCACUCGAGAACCAGAAAUACUGUUAGCAAGUUCUUCUGAAUUGAGGAGACGGUUAUGCUCGUACUCAUCAUGUGCGGUGAGUUUGAGGUACCAUAUUUGAUAGGGCUGAAAGAAACGAGUUUUUUCGUAACUUCCAAUGGAACUGGAAAUCCAAAAAGUAAGAUGGCAAUAUGAUACGACGUUUUUUGGUUUUUCCUUUUGUAGGUUUUGGGACUUCUUCGAUGGUUGUAUCGGAGGAAGAAGUAGGUAAGGGAUCCGCUUCAAUGGUUUCAUCGAGUUCUUCGGAAGAGUCUGACUUAUCAGAAAAGGCGUAAAUUUGUUCGUUUUCUGAAGUAUUUUUUUCGUCAGAGUCACUAGAGUUUUCAUUCGGAAUGUAACCGAAGUGGGUAAGCAGAUUCUCAUUUUGUAAUGAGAUCUGGCGCAUACGAGUAAUGAUAUGAGCGCUUUCGUCGAACGUGAGUUGUGGGUCGACAUAUAAAGCUUGUAAACAAUUGAGCUGAUCUAUGAUGCUUUCAUAAUCUUCUCGACGAUAAGUAGAGGAAGAGGGUUCAGAGAAGACCUUAAGGGUUUCAACUUUGUCUUCAUGUCUGUAGAACAGAGGUUUGACCUUGUAACGGGUAGGUUUUCCAACAGAGGGAUAUACUGGUGGAAGGGUAUCGUCAGAUGGAAGAGCAGAAUCCUAUGGUGGAGGAGGAUCUGGUGGUUCAGGUGGGUAUAAAUCAGACAUUUUAGCUUUUUGAAGUUUGGCUAAAUCGAUAGUCAUUUGAUUGAUUUGAUCUUGAAGAGCAGCAUCUGGUGUGGAUGAAAGGGUGAAAAUCUGGGUAAGAGUUUCUAGUUUGUCAUUCAAGGAGAUCAUUCCUUGUUGGACAUCUUCAAAGGAGGAAGCCAUAUGGGUGUUGGUUGCCUCUAAAUUGUGCUGGAAAUCGAUUUUCCAGUCAGUAACCAUGUCGACAAGAAAGUUGAUUCCUGCCCCUACUUGUGUAAAUGAAAUAGGUUCUGUAGAAGUGAAAUGGGAGAUAUGGCGAUAAUUAUUGAUAUCAUGACCGGUAAGGUUUCGGAUACAGUUUACAGAGCUAUUUUGUGCCAUCGUUAUAGAGUCUCAGAUGUUUAGAAAUCUGUUCUGGUGCCUAAAACCAAUGGUUCCUGUAAGCAGCUUAACAAUUGUCGUAAAAGUCAUACAGACACUGACAUAUAAGCAAAGACAGGAGAAUAUGGGCUUGCAACAGUAUUCAAACAUAAGAGAGAAAUAACAUAAGCACAACUUAGAUACUGAAAACUUUAUUACAUAGAAACAUAAAACUUACAGUGGUCCAGAUUCGAGGUAGGCUCUGAUACCAAUUACAAACACAUGCGGAAUUACAACAGACCUUUACAAGACAAGGGGAAACUGAGAGAUUUACAAACACAGAAACAAAAACAGAUGCCUAAACCUUCUUGGGGCUUUGGUUUAAAUAGCAUUACAAAAGAUAAACAGUGCCGGAGGAGAUAAGAGCGAAUCUUUUCUUUUACUGUUUGAAAAAGUGAGUGUCGGCAACUUUCACUGUUGAUGAAUAGUAUGUCGGCAACUUUCGGCUACUUUUGCUUUUGGAAAAGUAGAUAAGACAUGUCUUCUGUCGUGUGCUGGAUCAUGAUUGCAGUCGAGUGGAGAAGAGUGUCGGUUAUCCUUCCAUUGCAUUAAUGAUAUUAUGGAGUUCAUAUUCAUCAAGAGGAGGAAUACUGGCAGGCGACUGUGCAUCGGCAAUAUCCCAUUCAAGAUUGAGGCGUUCAGCCCCGUCUUUGACACGAGAGGGGAUAUCCAGUGUAGUCAUGCUAACGAUUUCUUUUAAAAAUGCUGUAGCAGUCUGAAUCUGGUGUUCACCAUUCAUCUCAUCACCAUAAUAACAAGUGAUUGUAGUGACAAAGAGUCUGCGUCCGUCACAACAAUAAAAUAUGGGUUCUUGAUUAUAAUAAGAGCCAUCAAGAAAACGUCGAGCAGUGUCUUGGAGAUGUAAGAAACUGUGAAUUUCGAAGUAAUAAGGAACAAUACUGUUAGCAAGUUCUUCUGAAUUGAGGAGACGGUUAUGCUCGUACUCAUCAUGUGCGGUGAGUUUGAGGUACCAUAUUUGAUAGGGCUGAAAGAAACGAGUUUUUUCGUAACUUCCAAUGGAACUGGAAAUCCAAAAAGUAAGAUGGCGACUAUAUUGCCAGUGUUUGCUUACUUUGUAAAUCAUGGAUUUUAUCAUGGCGGGGAAAAAAUGAUAAGAAUCAUGGGAAGAAAAAGUAAUUUUGUUUACCAAUCCCCAAUCGAUGGGUUCCAUGGACCAGUCUAUGCCAGGAAUGAUAAAGAAGGUAAGCUUAGG